AUGAGGAGGCCUCAGGUGAUACUCGUCGUCACUCUGGCUGUUCUCGGCGUCCUCGCAGCUCUGCCGCUCGGCGAAGGCUCGUGGCCGUGCUGCGACGACUGCGGUAUUUGCAACAGGAUGAUGCCGCCGAAGUGCCGGUGCAAUGACAUUUCGGCGCAUGGGUGCCACCCGGAGUGCAAGAAGUGCGUCAGGAACACGCUCACCGCCGACGACGAUGGCCCCGGCAGCACCGUCCGCGCCUACCGCUGCGCGGACAUGCUCACAAACUUCUGCGAGCUCCGCUGCACGACGGCACCGGCUGCGGCGUUCCUGGGUGAGGUCUUCUGA